GCCAAUCACAGUGAAAGGACAGUACAGCUGAAUUUACAUGUACUAUGUAUAAGAACGGUCUCCCGAUCGAAGCGCUUCUCUCAUCAACUUCAGUCCGAGAGAAGAUGCCUGAACCCGCGAAGUCUGCGCCCAAGAAGGGCUCCAAGAAAGCCGUGACCAAGACGGCCGGCAAGGGAGGCAAGAAGAGGCGAAAGACCAGGAAGGAGAGCUACGCCAUCUACGUGUACAAGGUGCUGAAGCAGGUCCAUCCUGACACCGGGAUCUCCUCCAAGGCCAUGAGCAUCAUGAACUCGUUCGUCAACGACAUCUUCGAGCGCAUCGCCUCCGAGGCCUCUCGUCUGGCUCAGUACAACAAGCGCUCCACCAUCACCUCCAGGGAGAUCCAGACCGCCGUGCGGCUGCUGCUGCCCGGCGAGCUGGCCAAGCACGCCGUGUCUGAGGGCACUAAGGCGGUCACCAAGUACACCAGCUCCAAGUAAACUGUCUGCUGCGGAAGUUCACUCAACCCAAAGGCUCUUUUAAGAGCCACCAACUGUGUCUGAAGAGCGCUGAUCCUGACACUUUAAUCUGUUUUGUUGAGGAAGAUUGAGCUUGUAUAAGACAUGACUCUUGGAGGGGGAAAAAAAACCCGAACUGUUCUUUUAUGCUGUACUAAUAUCUAAAAUGAGAGAAUAAAAUGGUUCACUACUUUCAAUUC